AUGGGGGAGGAGAGAUGGUGACAGUGCUGCGGGCGCUGCUCUGGACACGCUGGGACUAACUGAUGGGAGCUACCUCAACAGCAGCCUCCGUCUCCAACGGCAGGCUGCACGCCCUCCAGCCGCCGCUGCUGCCCCUCUCCCGCCUGAUCCCGUCCCGCCAAGAGGCGCGCCCAAUGGACCGCCCGCAGGCUGCGCCGCUCGCGCACAUUUUCAAAGGGACCUUCGUCCAUUCCACCUGCGCCUCACCUAUGGUCGUCCUGCAAGGCCACCUGUUGGGUGUAGAGGAGAGCGGGAAGAUCACGUUUUUUGAACCAGCUGAUGGACAAGACAAACUAGCAAAGAAGUGGGGAUUUAAAGCAUCUGACAUACAAGAGCUCAGUAAUAAUGAAUUCUUCAUGCCAGGUUUGGUUGAUGCACAUAUCCAUGCCCCACAGUAUUCCUUUACAGGGAUACGAGGAAAUCUGACUCUUUUGAAAUGGUUGGAAAAAUACACUUAUCCAGUAGAGGCUGAAUUCAAAAAACUUGAUUUUGCUGAAGAAGUGUAUACUAGAGCUGUGAGGCGAACACUCAAGAAUGGUACAACUACAGCUUGCUAUUUUGCCACAAUUCACACAGAUGCUACUUUGCUUCUUGCUGAUAUUAUAGAUAAAUUUGGCCAGAGGGCAUUUGUGGGUAAAGUUUGCAUGGAUAUCAAUGAGAGCUUCCCAGAAUACAAGGAGGCCACCACAGAAUCAGUUGAGGAAACUGAAAGAUUUGUUCAAGAAAUACUGGGAAAAAAAUAUCCAAGAAUACUUCCUAUAGUAACACCCCGUUUUGGACUAUCUUGUACAGAGGAGUUACUUAGUGGCCUUGGUAACCUGGCAGAGGCUCAUGAUAUUCAUAUACAGAGCCACAUAAGUGAGUCUAAAGGGGAGAUCAGACUUAUAAAAAGCAGGUUUCCUCAUUAUCAACAUUAUACAGAGUUAUAUGAUAAGAAUAAGCUGCUUACAAACAAGACUAUAAUGGCUCAUGGCUGCUAUCUUUCUGACGAAGAGCUGGAAAUAUUUAAGCUUAGAGGAACUGCCAUUGUACAUUGUCCUAAUUCAAACAUAUCAUUAAAAAGUGGGCUUUUAAACACAAGGAAGAUUCUGAAUCACAAUGUGAAACUUGGAUUAGGCACAGAUGUUGCUGGUGGCUAUUCAGCUUCCAUGCUUGAUGCUAUCAGAAAUACGAUUGUGGUAUCUGAAAUCCUUCACAUUAAUAAAGAGAGUGAUGAAAAAGGCUUAACUCUGAAGGAGGCAUUCCGACUAGCAACUCUUGCAGGAAGUCAAGCUUUAGGACUAGAUCAUAUAACUGGAAAUUUUGAGGUUGGCAAGGAAUUUGAUGCACUGCUUAUCAAUACCAAAGCUUCAGACAGUCCUUUCGAUUUGUUUGCUUCUGACCGUGUUGAGGAUAUUAUUGAGAAAUUCCUGUAUCUUGGUGAUGACAGGAAUAUUGAGGAAGUGUAUGUGGCUGGCAAACUGGUGGUUCCAUUUUCAAGCUCUGUGUAAAUUGGAUUCCCAUUCUGAAAAAUGCUCCACUAGUUAUCAUUUAGCUUGGAAGAACUGGGUAGAAAUGCAGUGCCUUGUUGUUAUGCUGAUUUUAUUUAGUAUGUUUCUGAUUUGCACAAGAAAGAUUGUAAACUUGUCAAUUACAAAACAAAAAAUAUGCCAAAAAUCUAUCUCAUUUGAAGAAGACAGGAAGCAGCCCCAAUGUUUAAAAUAAAAAAGUGAACAUGCAUUUGGAAUAAAUCUUUCCGCCUACAUCUUAAGAAUAUCCAGAGACAGUUGUAGAAUCCAUUUCCUCUCUUAAGAUAUAAGAACCCAAAUCCUAAAAAUGUAUCUGACAAGAAUUUAGGGAUCUUAUCUGUGAAUAUAUUAGGAUUACAAGCCCUGACUUAGAAACAAAGCACAUCUGGUUUGGGUGGUGCCCAUUUCCUACAACCAUCUACAACUUUCCUCCUUGAAUAGACAUCACAUGCUCUUGAAGUCAGGAGUGGGAAAAGCUGUUUCCUUUUCUCUCUCUUGGGGAGUGAAAUGUCUCCUGAAACUUUCACCUUUAUUUGCAUACAUCUGUCCAUCUAGAAUGCAUUUUGCUUAAUUGCAGAUGUGGCAUAGUGAAUAAAGAUAUUAAAAAAUGAGAGGCAGGUUCUCUGUCCACAGUUUAUGUUAUUCAGGGUGGCUUUAGAAAAACACUGGCUUUGUUCACACAUAAUGCAAAGCUGUAAUGUGGUUAAAUUAAUUUUGGCUUAAUAUAAAGAAUCCCGCCCCCCCCCCAAUUAUGGAUGCAUUUUAAGUGAGAAGCAGGCCACCAUCACUUGUUCAAUAAACCAUGGUAAAAGCAAAUUCUGGUAUAGUGUUAUACAGAGACAUAUUCACUGUUUCUUAUCAGCUCCCCACCUAUUUAUAGUAUAAGGAUAAGGCUAUAGCCUUGGUGUUUUACAGAUGUGUGUCAACUGGGUCCCAUCUAAUUGGAAGCAUUUGUUCAAACUGUGAAUUCAUUCUUACCCUACAAGUUGAGUAAGAGCAAAAGCAAUUUGAACAAUCAAAUCAAUAUGGAAAAAGGGGCUUUUGUUUUAGAAUCUGAUCUUUGAAUUUGAUAUUUGCAUAAUGACACUAUUUUAUUCUGAUAAAGUAUAUAAACCACUUAGGAUAAGUACUCAGUAAAUAAUGUUAAAACUGUUGUUUUUCUAUCUUGCAACCCAGAGAUGGCAAGUAUAAAUAUGAUAGGCUUGCACAAAACACCUUGGAGGAAUGUGUGCCUUUUAGGAUCAUUAUUGGUUUUCUAAUUUUUGGAGGAUAAUUUUAAGAGAAUUACUAUUAUGCAGCGAUUGCCUCUGAGGGAUUCUCAGCAGGAAAUACAUUUCUGUUAAUACUUGUAUAAAUAAACUAUAAAACUUUUUUAAAGGAUUUGUCUCUAAACAUGUUGGAAAGCCUGUUGAAAACUGCCAACAAUCUCUCAGAACACAAGAUGCCUUCUUCACCAGCCUCUUUGUUCUCUGUCAGCAUGAAUUUCAGUUGAAAAGGGGGGGAAGCUAGCCUUGGAAAUUUACUUGGGAGAAAAGAGAAGCCUAAAUGUAUAUUUUGUGAAAAGAAGCAUUUUGAAUUAUGGAUCGAAAUUAUUUGAAUUUCUGUCUUACUGUACCAUUUGUUAACCUUACAUUGGAAGAUGUGAAUGAGAAUGAAUAUAACUUGUGCUUUGUGGAGUUAUUUGAAUGAUUCCAGUGUGGCAAGUAGAGUUCUGCAGUAUAAAAUGUUGACCUAACUUUAAAGUGCAUGUUUCACAAUAUUUGCAAGCAGAAGGCUAGGGGAACUCAGGAGAGGAACCCCACUUUAUUCACUUAUCUAUUUUAUUUUACUUUUUCAAAUAUAGUAAGCCUGUACGUUUUUGUACAAUAAAGGAGGGGAAAAAGUGGUCCAUCCUCUGCAUUUAUGCCAGAAAUGAACUUUUAUUCCUGCUUGUAAAAAUUAAUUCAAAUACUCAUUGGAAAUCAAGGAAGGAGAAAUAUGAUAACCAAAAUUUUGCAGUACUACAUUUGUUUAAUAUGCAUUAAGAAGUUAGACUUGAUUUAGUUUUAUAAACAAACUUAAUGAGUAAGCAUGUUAGUGAACUCAGCUAACCAUGGAAUAUUCAACAAAUGAUGGUUAAAGAAAGCAUCGCUUAACAUGAUCUGUCAACCCAGUCACAGGCCUCAUUCAUAAGACAUGCCAAUAAUAUUUUGUCAUUAUUUUAAUUUAUACUCUAUAGAAGGGGUCCCCAACCCCCGGGCCAUGGACGGAUACCGGUCCGUGGCCUGUUAGGAACUGGGCCACACAGCAGGAGGUGAGCGGCAGGCAAGUGAGUGAAGCUUCAUCUGUUUUUACAGCCGCUCCCAUCACUCGCAUUACCGCCUGAGCUCUGUCUCCUGUCAGAUCAGUGGCGGCAUUAGAUUCUCAUAGGAGCAUGAACCCUACUGUGAACUGUGCAUGCGAGGGAUCUAGGUUGUGCGCUCCUUAUGAGAAUUUAAUGCCUGAUGAUCUGAGGUGGAGCUGAGGCAGUGUCAGGUUAAGCCCAACU